AUGAAUAGAAUUUUUAUGGAAGAAGAUGCAAGACCAACUAUUGAUGCUCAGCGAAGACUUAAUCCAAUAAUGAAAGAACUGGUGUGGAAAGAGGUCUUGAAAUGGUUAGAUGCUGGAGUGAUUUAUCCUAUUUCGGAUAGUGCUUGGGUAAGUCCAGUACAAGUAGUACCUAAAAAGGGUAGUAUGACUGUGGUGAAGAAUGAGAGUAAUGAAUUAAUUCCAACAAGGACUAUGAUGGGUUGGAGAAUAUGUAUAGAUUACUGGAAGUUGAAUAAGGCAACUAGGAAAGAUCAUUUUCCUUUGCCUUUUAUUGAUCAGAUGUUGGAUAGGUUGGCAGGGCAUAACUACUAUUGUUUUCUAGAUGGGUACUCAAGUUAUCAUCAGAUUGUAAUUGCACCGGAGGAUCAAGAGAAGACAACUUUUACAUGUCCUUAUGGUACUUUUGCUUUUAGAAGGAUGCCAUUUGGGCUAUGCAAUGCACUAGCUACAUUUCAACAGUGUAUGAUGGCUAUAUUUUCUGACAUGGUUGAGAAAGGGAUUGAGAUUUUUAUGGAUGAUUUUUCUGUUUAUGGGUCAUCUUUUGAUAAUUGCUUGACUAAUUUGGAGUUGGUUUUGAGGAGAUGUGAAGAGUCGCAUUUAGUACUUAACUGGGAGAAGUUCCACUUUAUGGUGAAUGAAGGAAUUUGUCACCAAGCUUUUAAGAUACUUAAGGAGAAAUUGAUUUCGGCACCUAUAGUUGUAGCACCUCAAUGGGAUUUUCCAUUUGAAUUGAUGUGUGAUGCUAGUGACUUUGCAGUUGGGGUAGUGUUGGGACAAAGAGUUUACAAGGAGCUUUUGGCCAUAGUGUUUGCCUUUGAUAAGUGUAGGCCAUACUUGAUUGGGAAUAAGGUGGUUGUUUACACAGAUCAUUCUGCUAUAAAAUAUCUUAUGACCAAGAAAGAUUCCAAGCCUCGUCUUAUUCAUUGGAUUUUGUUGUUGCAAGAAUUUAAUGUGGAAAUAAAGGAUAAGAAAGACACAGAGAAUUCGGUGGCUGAUCACUUGUCUAGAUUGGAGGCUGAUGAGAAUUCUAUUGAUAAAGAAGUUCAAUUUAAUGAUGCUUUUCCUGAUGAGCAGUUGUUUGAAGUAAGUGUUUGUAAAGAUGUUCCAUGGUUUGCAGACUAUGUUAAUUUUCUAGUUGCAGAGGUUAUACCUCCUGAGAUGAGAAGGCAACAAUUGAAGAAAUUCUAUUCGGAGGUGAAGAACUAUUACUGGGAGGAGCCUAUUCUGUAUAAACAUUGCCCUGAUCAAGUUAUUAUAAGAUGUGUGCUCGAAGAGGAGAUGUUUUUAAUCUUUACUCACUGCCAUACUUUGCAUUGUGGUGGUCAUUUCGAAGGAACAAGAACAGCAGCAAAAGUUUUGCAGAGUGGGUUUCAAUGGCCUAAUUAUUUAAAGAUUCUAAUGUCUUUGUCAAAAGUUGUGAUCGUUGUCAAUGAACUGGGAAUAUAUCAAGAAGAUAUCGAAUGCCAAUGA